AUGCGUCCCUCUACCUUCCUCCUCCCGCUCCUUCCCUUCGCAUCUCUCGUAGCCGCCACUCCAGCUCCCACCCCCACGCCCAACUGGGAAGCCCUCUCCUCUCUCCUCUCUCGUGUCUCUUCCAACUCUUUACAUGACAUACUCCACCUUCUUUCGCCAAAGUUUCAAGAUGGUGUCUUCCCUCUCGAUGCUGCCGCCAUCGAGCAUGUGCACUCCGAGAAUCACAUCAUGGCCACAAAGCUCGUGCACAUGGCCCUGAAGCGGCAAUCAAACGGAACAGCGACCACUACGUCCGAGCCUCCCCCAGAUCCAACCCAAGAGGAAAGCAUAUCAAGUGAGCUAUCCGACGUUAUCACAGCCACCACAACCCCAGACCCAACAUCCGUGGAGGUUGCGCCUACUACGCCCGCGGGUGCUACUCCGGUUGAGACAGUUGAUGGUGCGGUGGUUUUCAGCACCGUUGGUGGCGGUGUCGUUACUGAGACAUCCCGGAAUGUUGAUGUCAGCUUCACGCGCAGCAGCUCCACACGCCUGAUCUACAGCACGGCGGCUAAUGGCGACGUUGAGACGCUUACAAGUGUGGUCGUCGUCAACGCACCGGUGACGGGCAGUCCAGACAGCGAUGCAGCCGGUGCUGCGGCCACCUCAAAUCCGGGACUGCAAGAUAGUGCUAUCGCUGCAAAGGUGUCCGGCUUAAUGCUUGCAGCUGCGGGCUUGGGAGCUAUGGCGUUUGUACUGUAA